GGGUUGCUGUGGCGCAGAGCGCGGCCGUGUCCUUUGGCGCUGCUCCUACUGCUCCUGCCCCUGCACCAAGCGACGUCUCCAUGAUGCUGCUCUGCCGGCUAGUUUCCCUGGGCGGCUGCAGAAAUAGCAGUAAACUGAUUGCACCUCUUGGGUGUCUGGCAUCUAGACAAAAGCAUACGCUUCCUGACCUGCCUUAUGAUUAUGGGGCCUUGCAACCCCACAUAAGUGCAGAAAUUAUGCAACUUCACCACAGUAAACAUCAUGCCGCAUAUGUAAAUAAUCUGAAUGUUGCUGAAGAAAAAUACAAAGAGGCCUUGGCAAAAGGUGAUGUGACUGCUCAGGUGUCUCUUCAGCCAGCUCUGAAGUUCAAUGGUGGAGGUCACAUUAAUCACACUAUCUUCUGGACAAACCUUUCUCCUAAUGGUGGAGGAGAACCAAAAGGGGAGCUAAUGGAAGCUAUUAAGCGUGAUUUUGGCUCCUUUGCGAACUUCAAGGAGAAGUUGACAACUCUUUCAGUUGGAGUCCAAGGCUCAGGAUGGGGAUGGCUCGGUUUUAAUAAAGAACAGGGUCGACUGCAGGUGACUGCUUGUUCCAAUCAGGAUCCUCUUCAAGGGACUACAGGUCUUGUUCCCCUUCUAGGAAUUGAUGUAUGGGAGCAUGCAUAUUAUCUCCAGUACAAAAAUGUUAGACCUGACUAUCUUAAAGCUAUUUGGAACGUGAUAAACUGGGAAAACGUAUCUUCGAGAUAUGCAGCUUGCAAAAAGUAGAGCAAAAUCUUGUACAGGAUCAUUAAAGAAAGACCACUGUUAUUCCUUGAUCAUUUUUGUAGUAACUUCUAGCAGUUUGUUUGCUAAUUGCUCCACCACUUAAAAUAUUCAAGCUCAUCAAAAGAAAGUUCUUAGCUCAAUGUUUGCUUAAUUUGGUGAAACUGCUCACUUGUUCUUCCAAAACAGGAAUCCUUUAUCCAGUGUUCUGAAAGAAUACAAUCCCUUUAUAAAAGGGAUUACAACUGGUUCCUUUUGAUAACAUGUCAAUUGCUGCUUACUCUUUUGAGUGAGUUUCAAGGCGUAUGUAAUUCAGAGGGAAAGUCCAAAAUAACAGCAUUCUCAGAGCAUUUUAUAGACUAUGAGCAGGAUUCCUCUUCCUCUUCUCCCACUUGCAACGCUUGCAAGUCUCAUCUGGGGUGUUGCCACUCUACAGAAUAUCAGGUUGGUGUGCAAAAGGGGGAGUCCUGUUGUGCAGUGCAAAUCUGUCCGUCUUGAGGAUGGGCACCAUAUUUGCCCUAUGUUUGAUUAAAUGCUGUUGCGUAUAUUGUAGCCUACCAGAACUUUGAGUAAAAGGCAAUUCGUUUUAGUCUUCCUAACAGCCGAUUUUGCAAAUGUUUGUUCGUUACAACGUGAGGAUUCCUAAUGCAUGUCAGCUGCUAAGAACAGUGGGUUAGCUUUCAUGAUUUUUGUCCUGCUGAAAGUGGAAAAAGGGAAAACAAAAUACCCUGGAAAUGUAUAGGAUAUCAGGUUUGUGGUUAAGUGGGUUUAAUAUAUGUGUGUUUGUCUUCAAAUGGGAAGUAUCCAAUUGUUUGCUACUUCUUUAGGAUGUAUUAAUAACGGAUAAUGAAAUUGUUUUCUAAUAUUGGUGUAACUGGCUUUCCUUUUUUGUACUGCAGUAUUUAAUUGGGAAUCUGAACUUUGCUUUCGAAAUAAAAUCUAUGAAGUUA